AUUAAAAAUCAAACAUGGAGGACGUUGACUAGAAAAUGUACGGCUAACAAUGCAUCUUCUCUUCGUAAUUUGAUCAAUAUAUGUAUUGUCACAUUUAAACGCGCAGGAAUUAUUGGCGUAGUAUUUCAGCAAGUCAUUGGCUCACACAUCAAACAAAAUAUGUUCUGCAGGAGGCUUUGGCUAAAGCCAGGGACUGGAUUUUGGACUGCAUCCCAGCAGGGUGCCCACAAUCUGGCUUCUUUCCAUCAAGCCUCCCUGCUCCCCCAGAGGAAGCGAAGGGGCCUGCUGUUCCCCUUCAGUGAGCUGGAGCCCCACUUGGCUUGUUCAGUGGAUAGGGGCAACUUCCAGCUCUUCCAGCCCAGUGUGGAGGACAUAACCAAGGCAGAGAAACUCUUCUCCCCGUCCUCCUCACACAAGAUUGAUUACCACACCUCUGCCGUGAGGAUGGAACAUGCACCCUCACAGAACCAGCCAGAGGUGUGUUUCAUCGGCAGGAGUAAUGUGGGGAAGUCGUCUCUCAUCAAAGCUCUGUUCUCCCUGGCUCCUGACGUAGAAAUUAAAGUCUCCAAAACACCCGGCCAUACCAAGAAGAUGAACUUUUUCAAAGUGGGCAAAGCUUUCACCAUGGUGGACAUGCCUGGUUAUGGAUACAGGGCUCCCAAGGACUUUGUGGAGAUGGUGGAGCACUAUCUGGGUUCAAGAAAAAAUCUGGUAAGGACCUUCCUAUUGGUGGACGGCAGUGUUGGGCUACAGGAGGCAGAUAUGAUCGCCCUGGAGAUGUGUGAAGAGUUCAGUCGGCCUUACGUGAUUGUGGUGACCAAGAUCGAUAAGUGCCGCCAGGGGGUGCUGUUGACUAACCUGCUGCAACUUCAGGAUGCCAUAAAACAAACUGUUAGCUGCUUCCCACAGCCCUUCCUGGUCAGUUCUCUCCAUUUUUCGGGGAUAUACCUGCUCCGUUGUUUCAUUGCCCAUGUGACCGGGAGCAUUCAGCUGGGAGACACUUGUCAAAGCUGAUCUGAGACCAGUUAACCACCUCUUCUCUUUGACUGGACACUCUGGAGCACAGCUGAUAACUUCUUUUGGAAUCAGCUCAUACUUACUCAAUCUAUGAACACUCGCACCACUGAUACAGUAGCCUAUUGUGGACAGAUUUCAAAACUGACCAGAGAUCAGUUGCUAUACUUGGCUCAUGUGCUGCUACAGUGUUUCUCUUCUAACCCCUAAACCAUUAUAAGAAAGCAGACAGCUGAUCUGAGAUCUAAUCCACUCUCUGUAAGUGCUUUCUUAUGGACACGGUACUGUGUGAUUCUAUGGGAACUUUCACCUUGGGAACAGAGACAAACUAAAAGCUGACCUGAAGACAGUUUCCCAAUAGAGCCGCUUCACCUUUAGUGUUUGUGUACAUUGUUUACUAUAGUCAGACUGCUAUUUCUGUAUAUACCGUGCAUUCGGAAAGUUUUCAGACCCCUUGACUUUUUCCACAUUUUGUUACGUUAGACUUAUUCUAUGGAUUCAGUUGGUUUUUUUACCUCCUCAAUCUACACACAAUACCCCAUAAUGACAAAGCAAAAACAGGUUGUUUUUUUUUAUAUAAAAAAACGUAACUAUCACAUUUACU